CAUGUGGCUGAACCAGGACAAACUGGCUGCUCUGCUUUUGCUCUGCAGACUCAGGAAACCCCCCUUUUCUUUUUAUAAGGUGGAGAAAGUGAAAGCAGGUAGAGAGUAGGAGGGACAAGAGUUGACAGAGAGAUUUCUACCUGAGCUCGACAGGUGGAGGUAAUUAAACGCCAUCAGACGUCACACAAGAUGGACAAAUCUCCAGAAAACCCUGAGGAGGACACGGUGUCCCUGAAGAGCAAUGGAGAGAAGUCGAGCAAUGGCAGUGCGAAGCUGGGCAUGCUUCAGUCAUUUAGAACAAGCAUUCGACGGGUCGCAGAGAAGAGUCUGCUGUCGUCUGGACGCAAAGGGUCGAAGGUCACGACUGCAGACGAGUCGAGGUUACAGGUGCCUCCGUCACCCAGUCUCAGUGCUGACUCUCCAGUGAUGUCUCCUCUGAAGACCAUCGGAGGUCUUUUCCAGAGCACACAGGACAAUCAGAGCGACAUCGAUGCGCAGAAAGGCAAAAGUCUGUCGCGUUCAAAGACAGAUCCAAACAUCUCUGCGUUCGGUGACUCACUCAUAAAAAAAGGAGCAUCAAUUCGUCGAAGUCUGACAUUUAGGAAGAACAGAUCCACACGGGGGCAGCUCAUCACCGUCUCUGAGGGCUCGGCGGAGGACAGGAAGGAGGAGAGACAGGAAGAGGAGGAGGAGGAUGAGGAGGUGAGGGAGGAGAUGGAGGAGUUGUACACGCUGCCAGAAAUCCCUCACACACCGCUGUCAGUGAUGCAGAUCAAUAAGCUGAUAGAGAUGGAGGUGUUGGAGGAGGCUCACCUGAACCUGCUUGCCCUGCGGCACGAGUUCCAGCAGCAGCAGGCACGGUGUGGCGAGGAUUCACCCAUGGAGCUGGCCAAGAAGGAAAAAGACCUCAACCUCCUGUACAGCGAGCUGAGGAACAAGAUCAAUGCCAUUGUACGCGACUCCAACUCUCUUCCCUCCAGAAACAAAGGGCUGCUGGUUCCUGUGGCCCGAAUCAUCCAGGAGGAAGAGAGUAGGGUGGAGGAACCCGGUGGGCUUCAGGGUGGCUGGAUGGAGACCUGGAGGGAGGCGGUGGGCGAGGGCGUGAAGGUGAAGGUGGAGAGCAUUCACCUGGAGUGUAAGGACCAGAACGCAUCCUGGUUGGCGGUUCACCUGGGGCUGUUGGGUAAAGCCAUCGUGGAGGACUUGGAGAAGGUAAAGCGGGAGCUGCGGUGGUCAUACCCGCCCAGCUUCAGUGUCUUCAGCACCUACGUCAGGAGCUACCACAAAGUCGUCGGGCAGCACCUGAAGAAGCUGGAGCCACAGGUGACGGAGCUGAAGGACCUGCACAUUCUGCUGGACUGGAUCAUCAACCGCUACAGGAGUGAGAGGAUCAUGGGAAGCUUUUCCCUGCAGCCAGACAUGAAGGACGAGAGCGUCGCUCUGCAGCUGGAGGACGACCUCCUGAAGCAGCUCAAAGACAAGUACUGCUGCAGAGUGAAGGAGGACAUGAGGUCUUCACUGGACAGACUCAUUCAGCUGGAGAAUGAGGAGUUUUGGGCGCACAGCAGGAUUCCAGAGAAGGACGACGACGGUUUCUUCAACUCUCAGGUUCACAUGGACGUCUGGACGAAAGUGAAGGGAAACAUUGUAAACACUCGACUCAUUGAUGCUCAGCUGGAACAGGAAGUGAUCUCAUGCUGCCUCAUAGAGCUGAAAGAGUUUCCUAAAAGGUUUGAGACAGAGUUCAGGCAUCUCUGCAGCGCUGUCAGACCACAGCCUCUCUGGACACAGUAUCAUAUUACAUACAUCAACAGCUUCACUGCUUUACAGGAGCACAUGGACGUCUAUAAGGACACCAGUCCACAGGAAGUGAGAGCCUUCAGAAAAGAGGCAGAAUGUCUGAUCAUUAGACUCAUACAGGAGCUGGAGGAGCAGUUCAAAGAGGAGGUCAAGCCGUACCUGAGGAGGAUGAUGACGAGGAAGUGGCUCACCAAUGAUGAAGACUUUAAGCAGCUUUCCAGUCGGACAGAGACACUGUCUCAACACUGUGCUCUGAUGAGGCCCCCAUAUGUACAGGGGUUUGCGGAUCGUAUGCACCACCAUGUGGUGAGGGAAUAUAUCGGCCAGCUGAUGAAGAGCAACUACUCGUGCAAGAACCGGAAACACGAGAAGGCGGCGAGUAAGAUGCGUGUGCAGUGUGGACAACUCCGUGAUCUCUUUGACGACAUGAAGUCGAGCUGUGAGUGGCUUCACGCCGUAGGAGACGACCUGAGUGGCCUCAUUGGACAGAAAAACAAGGCAGAUAUAAAGAACUACCUGCAGCCUUUAGUGGAGCAUUACCCCGACUUCAGUAGGAAGCACCUGGUCGCUGUGCUGUACUUCAGAGGCCUGGUGAGAGGACGUGAACACCAGCUGAUUCUCCAACGACUCACAGAGCUGAAGAAGAAACUGGGCAGCGGCGACAGAAACCAAGUUUUAUUUGGUGACAUGCAGGUCACCAUUAACACAGACUGCUUGUCCAAUCUCUCCUGCUGCCCGACAACUAGUGCAACAUGGAGGACGAUGAGUCGCUAAGUGGAGGAAAAAUAGGUGGUUUGACACUUUUGACAAAAUUGAAGGUUGUUAUUCUCAGACACAGCCUUCUAAACUCAAACUGAACCUUUAGCACUGAACCAGGUUUCAUUCCACAGCUGCUUGUUAUCAGAGGGUUUACUGUGGACUUCUGCAAUUAUUCUCUUUACCACUGAGGGUUUGUUGGUGUUCAGGAGGUCAGGAGUGAAUUUUAAAUGUUCUGAAGCACAAGACGAAAUGAAUAAAAUUCUGUUUUAAUGUGUAGACAUGACCGUCAAGAUUGGGCAUGGUGUCAUCUUCAGACAGAAGUAUUCAGAUGAGUACAAACACCACACUGUGAGAGUACUUCAGUACAAGAAAAAGUUGCAGUGCAUUGAGAAGUGAAAGUGUGUGAUUAUCAGUUUGUAGAAAUAGUUUCAGCAGCUGUGUCCUUUAAACAGUUAAACAUGACUCCCAUGUUUUUAUAUAACUAGUUAAUACUGACGAGUCGUCUGUUCUUACGAAAGUUAAAACUGGUUCCAGAUGUUGAUUGAAGUCUGACGAAUGUAGGAAUGCCACAUGUUACCACUUACACAACUCAUUAAAUGUGUUUCUCAUUGAGAGUUUCUGGCUCUAUGAGAAACUGCAGGAUUGUUUUCUGGAAACAAAAACUUUUUUUGCAAACUGAAAUUCACUCAAAGAUUUGUGAAACUUCCCGUGAGGAUAAAGGUGAAGCUCUGAGCAGACAAACCAGUCAGAGACACCGCUCUCAUUAACACUAGUUUGUAGUUGAAUCAUACUGUUGUAGGAAAAUGUGUCCUGUGUGACGACAGCAUGUUGUCGGGCGUUAGUUUGAGUUCAAAGUGUCAGAGAAUAAAAACUGAGUGACGUGUUGUGAUGGAGGAGUCGACAGUACCAGACUGUGAAGGAAGAAUUUAUCAUGUAUAAGGAUGAAAUCUGUUUUUGUCUCCACGACGAUGAAACUUUGAAACAACCGAAGCUUGAUGUGAUUUUCUUUCAAUAUUUGCUGUUUUCAUUUUAAUCUUGUGUUUAUAAAUAGUUAAUGUGUUUGAUUGUUAAAAACGUGGAAAAAAAAUCAGGGAUUCAAAACUUUUUCUGAACUGUGACGCCAAAGUUCUCGUGAAUGCUGACAAUCUUAAGAAUUUAAAUAUGAAACACAUCUGUGUUAGAUUUCCCCCUCCAUGUAUGACAAACUCAAAUGUUUUAAACUUAUUUUAUCAUUUUUUAAUAAAACAUAAAAUAAAGUCUCAUGAAUCUCUUAUGACUCCAUCUGGCAUAGGGGCGGCUGUGGCUCAGAGGUAGAGUGGGUUGUCCACCAAUCGGAGAUCAGCGGUUCAAUCCCGGGCUCCUCCAGACUGCAUGUUGAAGUAUCCUUGAGCAAGAUACUGGACCCCAAAUUGCUGUGCUGAAACUGAGUAACUGAGUGGCACCUUGUAUGGUAGCCUCUGCCACCAGUGUAUGAAUGUGUGUGUGAAUGGGUGAACGUGACUCGUAGUGUAAAAAUAGCUUUGAGUGGUCACUAGAUGACUAGAAAGGCACUGUACAAAUGCAGGUCCAUUUACCAUCUGUGUGUUGAUAAAUUAGCCACCAACAAGUUUAUCAAUGCUGAAAACAAGCACUAAGUUUUUAAAUUAAAUGGUCAAAUGGUCAAAUCUUUCAAUGUCAAACAUCUGUAAAUCCACUUUAAAUAUUUUAGUACUCACAUUUAAAAACCGUAAUCUUCAAAAUUCAGCCCAGUAACCUGAAGAAAAUGUUGCCACUGUACAUCUCUGUAAACCGUGAACAUGUUCCAUACAUACAAGCUUUUGUGAAGUGAUGUAGUUUAUGAGCUGUGUUGUCAGGAGAGGGAAGGGACGGUGUGACACCUGAGAUAUCUGCCAAGUAGCACAUUGCGGUUCAACACCAACAAACAACAACACCGAUCAGCUUUUACCAACACAUUGCCGUAUUUCCUAUCUGGAAAGUUCCCCCAAACACAAUAAUGAUCCAAACCAUGACAAGUUUCAAUGGAUCUGCUACAAAAAUAACUACUAAUAAAUACUAAUGUAGCAUAUCUGCUAUAUAACAAUGGAUUAAUGUAAUGUAUCUGCUAUAUAACAACGUACUCAUGUAACGUAUCUGCUAUAUAACAAUGUAUUAACGUAAUGUGUCUGCUAUAUAACAACAUACUAUUGUAACGUAUCUGCUACAUAAUGUACUAACGUAAUGCAUCUGCUACAUAACAACGUACCCAUGUAACGCAUCUGCUACAUAACAACUUGCUCAUGUAACAUAUAUGCUACAUAAUAAAGUACUAAUGUAA